CAGUAUCUGUGUGUCCAUAUGCUGCUCACGGUCAAAGGGGGAGGAGUGGAUCCCUGGCAGCUUGCUUCUCCUCGGGAUGGCUUCUGGAAAACUGAUUAAGCUCAUCGUUUUUGAGCUGCUGGAGUUUGCUGCUUUCUCAGUCCCCACACUGGUGGUUAUGGAGCAGUUUGCUACCGCCUACCAAAGGACCAGGAAUGCGUCUGAGCCAACACAUUAUUGGCUGAUCGUUUCCUGUUCUAUUGCUUAUGUGGCUUCAGUGACUCUAUUGAUUUGGGUCCCCAUAAAAGUUAUCUUGCACAAGAAACGUCAUCUUUACAAAAAAAUCACAGGAUGGAGACCCGUUCUGAUGAUGUGUGUAGUACUCACCACCCUUCCCAGCUUCAGCUUUUCUAUAGCAGUGACUGAGGUUCAAAAGAACAUCAAUGGCUCUGCAGAUUUAUUGCCUGAUGCCUUACCUGAUCUCCCAGUGUCCCUGGUUCUGUUAUCCUUGAUCUUGGUUGAUAUAAUUGAAAAAAUCAGGAUAUAUCCCCUCAGAGGAAGUGAAGAGAGCAAUGAAGAUGGGCACAUCCACACAACCUCUUUGCAACAAAUAAAAACUGUGACGGAGCAAGUGAGACAAAAUGAAGUCAGCCCUGCGUCUCCCCAGGGAGCCAACUCCAUCCAUGUGUCUCGGCCACUAGGAGCAGUGACUCAAAGGCGUGUUCCUGUCUUAGUGGGACCCCAGGAGCCCUCCUUUGACUCUGGAAUCCUGAGAACAAUGUCCCGCAGAGAUGUCCGGGCAGAGGUAUUCCUGUGGAGCUUUCUACUGUGGUCGGACACUGUGGAAAUGUUGCGUGUCGCUGGUCACUCGGCUGUGUACAAGUCGGGCUGGCUGUACCCAGUCUACAUAUUCAGUUUCAUUUCUCUUCUUCGAAUAAUAUUCACUCCCAAGAACCCUCUUCUGAAUUCCUUGGGCAUCCUACUACAGGAUUUACCCUUUGUUUUUGUGAGACUUAGUUUAAUUAUUGUCCUGGGGACUAUUACACCCAUAUUGGGACUUUGUAAAAAUGUACUAGUGACUCUCUCUUAUGUUUACUUCAAUUACUUAACCAAACUCAGGGUUUUCUCUACCUUUGAAGCAUCUCCAUUUUAAAAAGAAAGGAAAACCCUCGAGACUUCAUUAAGCAUAUGUGCACAUUUGUAAUAAUUUUUUUUUCCUGGACCAUAUGUGUUUGUACUAUACAAAGACAUGAAGAAUAGAUUGUAGAGAAAAAGCGUUUCUAAUAACUAUAGCAUAUCAAUUUUAUAUAUAAAAAUGGUGCUAAAUUUAAGCAGUUAUAUUCAUAUAAGUGAGCUACAAUGGAUCACAAGAAAAUGUUAGUAGUUAAUUUUAGUUAUGUAUACUGCCUUUUUUUCUUAAAGCACUCUUUAAUAAAGACUUUUUAAAAAUAGAAAUGUUUACCCUGUAAUUUAGCUCAGAAUGAGGUAUAUCUUUUACAUUAAGAAGUUGCAUGAAGGCUGGGGUUAUAGCUCAGUGGUAGAGCACUUGCCUUGGAUGUGUGAGGCGUUAGACCCUCAACACCACAUAAAAAUAAAUAAUAAAAUAAAGAUAUUGUGUCCAUCUGUAACUAAAAAAUAUUAAAAAGUUACAUUAAUUAAUUAAAAUUAGUUUUUAGGAAACAUACCUGAAAUUAUUGAAUACUUUUAGAUUCAACUUUCUUUAAAUCUGAAAAUUGAAGUUGUAGGGUUUCCUUCAAACAUAGAAUUAUACACACACACACCACUAUUUUUUCUUUACUGCAGUGCUGAUGAUCAAUCCCAGGUCCUCAUGCAUGUUAGCCAAGUAUUUGGUCACUGAGCAACUAUAUCCCUCAACCCUGGAAUUACAGUUUUCCUCUGCUGCAAGUGACUUUUACAUAAUUGAUUGAUUUCAUGAAAAGCAAUUUACUUUAACAGAUAUUUGACACAGUUUAAGCCUUAGUUGUUUUGCUAGUGGUGUAGUACUAACAUGAGUGUUAAUAUAAUGAAGUCAACAUACUUCAACAAUCUGUGGUACUAUGUCAUGAAUAUCUUGAAACUUUAAAAUAAUUAUGUACAUAAUCACAUAAUUUGCUUUCCCAGUGUUGGGACACUCUGAUAUCCACAGCUGGGCCUCACCAUUUGAUAAGGGAAUCUUGUGAGCAACUUCUGUCUCCAGAACAAUGAUUUUCUAACCAGUUUCUUCAGUGACAUGGUAACAGGUAGUGUGAGAAUAGCUAAGUGACCUUGUGCGCCCUACUUCCCAUCAAAUGACCCCCAGGCUCACUUUGCCAGGUUUUAUAGUUUUACUCACACUGUAAGAGAAGGUCUACUGUCAAAAGCUUGACUGUUAACAUUAUGAUUUGUGCAGGUUUUUUGACCAUUGAGGGAUGCAUGUAAAAGAUGAACUCAAUACUACUUCUACUUUAAUAGGAUUGAGUCAACGAAAGAAUAAGGAAUUCCCUUAGCAUAUUGUCUGAAAACAAUAAUAACUUGAUAAAUCUUGAGUAUGUAAGGGCACUGUGCCCAAGAAGCAAGCAACUGGAUGCGUUGUUUUAAUUCUCCUCUUUUCUUUUCUGCAUCCUUGCCCAUCCUUUGGGAAUGAUAAUUUAAAAUUUGCAAUUUGUGAAAAAUAAUAUGUAGAACCUUAAGGCUACCUAAGGCUAUAACUUUUGAUCAAGUGUUGUUAUGUUCAAAAACGAACAAUUUGCUGACUCUACAAAGUGAAUAUUGCCAUUCUUUCAUUAGAUGUGUGAAUAUCCUUCCUAUGAGUUCUCAUAUAAACCAAAUUGUAGCAUGUUCUCUAAGUCUUUAAUUAGGUGUUUGCUUUUCUUGAGUUCCUCCUUGAUCUGUAAUGUUUUAAAGGAAGGCCUCAGAGCAUGCUGCUUAAUGAUGCAUCUUUAUCUGUCAAUCUUACGAGUAUUUACAAUACUCAAAACUUAAAAAAAUACAUAGUACACAUAAAAUUUCUUUCAAAUUCUUGAAAAUAUUCAUGGCAAUAUUUUUUAUUAAGAAAAUUCUGUAUAACUCAGUGAUUGAUUGAUAAUAUUCUUAAAUGUGAAAUAUUUUACGUAAGUGUGUAUUAAUCUUUGUAUUGAAAAUUAUAUACUCAAAAGUAUUACUUGAGUUUAGAAUGCAUUUUGUAUGUAGUGUUUGAAUAUGAAUGUGCCUGAUAUUUGGGAAGUGGCAACACUUUGAAUAAGUAAUGAAGGCAUGUACAAAAGAUUAUGUGCAGGAGGAAAAGAAUUGUGUAUCUAAUUGACUUCAAGUCUAUGGUAUUUAAGUAAAUAUUACAAUAAAUUAUGCUAAUGAAACAC